AUGGAGGGUGUGCAAGAUGCAGUAAAAGAUGGCUGGCAAGUGGAGGUAGAAGGCUCUGCAAUGUAUCAGGUGCAUCAGAAGGUGAAGCAUACUAGAAUGUCUCUUCUUGCCUGGCACAAGCCAGUCCACAGAAACAGUGAAAAGGUCAUAUCUACUCUCACAGCAAAACUGGAAGAGUUGAGAUUGGUGGGUAAAGAUAGGGAUUGGGAGGAGUGGAGUGCCUUUUUACUUCAGAGGGGUCUAGUGGGGAAACAGGUAAAUUUAGUGAUUAGGAAUGGGCAAAGUACUAGAUUGAAUGAGGUGAACUGGGUGCCAGGUCUGAGUGGUAAGAAGCCUGAAUUGAGAACUGAGGUGGAUGGAAGAUUGUUUUGGGUUAAAGAUCUAAUGUGGCAGGUGUUGUUCAAUGGGAUACUAAUUUAG